UUUCAAAAUAAAAUGAAAGAAAUAUUAGAGUAACGAAAAUAUAAAAAUCUUAUCCCCAAUUCACUGAAAAUUCUAUCCAGAGCUAACUUCUUCUCUCACUCCCUUCUUCUACCUCUGGGGAAUUUCAAAUUGUAUAGGUUACUGAAAUUAGCUCUAGGAGAGCAAUGUCGGCUUCUAUCAGUGCUCCUGUGCAGUCGAGCUACCUGAGGUGCUCGUUUCUCGGGGAUGCAAAUAAAAUCCGUGUUUCUGGGGCAUCUGCACCUCGGGUUGCUGUUGUGAGGAGGACUGUGGAGUGUAAGGAGUCGAGAAUUGGAAAGCAACCAAUUACGGUCCCCUCCAAUGUGACUCUAACGAUGGAUGGACAAUACUUCAAAGCUAAAGGCCCACUAGGGGAGCUUGAUCUCACUUAUCCACGAGAAAUUAUGGUUGACAAGGAGGAGUCUGGAGCUCUCAGGGUGAGAAAGACUGUGGAGACAAGAAGAGCCAACCAGAUGCACGGAUUAUUCAGGACCCUAACUGACAACAUCGUGGUGGGUGUUUCCAAAGGAUUCGAGAAGAAACUCCAACUGAUAGGCACGGGGUAUCGUGCUACAGUCGAAGGGAAAGACAUAGUUCUCAAUCUCGGUUUCUCUCAUCCAGUGAGGAUGGCAAUCCCCCCUGGCCUGCAGGUUAAGGUGGAAGAGAACACUAGAAUUACUGUGAGUGGGUAUGACAAAUCUGAAAUUGGCCAGUUUGCUGCAUCGAUUAGGAAGUGGAGACCUCCGGAGCCAUACAAGGGUAAAGGAGUGAAAUAUGCUGAUGAAGUAGUAAGAAGAAAAGAGGGCAAAGCAGGCAAGAAGAAAUAAAUGGCUUGUUUUUCAUGUGAUUUUGUCUUGUCUUUCAUUUCUUGUCUAUAUGAUUUUGGAGGAUGUUCGUGAACGUUGUUGUUGAUUCAACAAUGCUGUGAGAACUAAUUUAUCAAAUGUAGCAAUUCAUUUUGAUUC